GCCCCGCCAUUGGAACCUGGAAACAGCGCCAUAAUGAAUUUACAUUUGACUUAAAACAAGAAAUAUAGUUGCUGUGUGUUUAACAACUAUUGAAUUAAUGCAUCCCUAGGUUGCUGCAUGGUGAUGUUAAAUAUUAACUAAACGAAAUCGACCAAUUUACCGCGAAUGUGACCGCUCUGAUCUUGUUACGGAAGUCUUGAAAACGCUGCUUGAGGAUUUAUUUCACUGUAUUUCGGCAAUACAUGUCUGCUGUACGCGUACCCAAAUGCUAGUUAGCUAACUAGUUUUUUGGGAAGGAUAUCAUGUGUUAUGUUGCCAACUUGGACUGACGAAUAGGUAAGAAAGGAAAUGAGUGUACCAGUAAAUUUGAGAGGUCUGCCGUCUCAUGUCCUCGAGCAUGUUUACAAACCUGAGAAUAUAAAAAUGGCAACAAGGUCAUCAGAAAACUAUCUUGCUUCCCUCACCUUUCCCAAAUCCAAUGUGGCCCUCUGGGACCCCACUCCUAAUGGCGAUGCAGUUAGCUUUCACCUUUCUUAUUACAGAAAUCCCAAACUACUUCUGCUGGAGAAAACUCUUCGCUUGGCCCACCGCCACGCUCGACAGAGUAACGUCCCCAUGUUCAGCUGUUACCUGCUGGGCACUAUUGCUGUGGACUCUGAUGAAGAAGGUGUGACUUUGACUCUGGACCGGUUUGACCCGGGCCGGGGGCAGCCUGGCUCCUCGGGAAAGGCCCCCACCGCCCUGAUGCCCGGGGACGUCCUGGUGCCCUGUGUCUUUGGAACCCAGAGGGACACUGCCACAGAAGCCACGGUUCACUCUGAAGGAGACUUCCGGACCUCCUUUAAGACACUGCACCACUGCUUCAGCACCAAGGAGUCCCUGGACCUGUGUAAGGUGCUGGCCCUGCGAGCCCACCUCACUUGCACCCAGCAAGCGGACAGCCUGAGCUUCUGCCUGCGCUGGGCUGCCGUCACCCCUGGCAACGCGCUGGAUGCCACGCCCGUCCGACCGGUGUCCAUCAUCCCCACUGCCCUGGCCAGGAACCUGAGCUGUCCAGCCAGCCUCACCUUGCCUCUGCACAGCAGCUCCAGCCGCAAACGAGGCUUUCUGACCAUGGAUCAAACAAGAAAACUGCUCCUAAUACUGGAGUCUGACCCCAAGGCCUGCACUCUACCACUGGUUGGAGUAUGGCUGAGUGGGGUCAGCCACAUCUCCAACCCCCAGGUGUGGGCGUGGUGUCUGAAGUACCUGUUUAACUCCUCUCUCCAGACCAAAGUGUCGUCAGAGGGCGGGUCCUUCCUGGUGGUGCUGUACUCGCUCACCCACAGAGAGCCGGAGUUCUACCAAGUCCAGCUCAGCAGCGGACAGCAACAGGACAUGACCUUCCAACUGCUCACCAGCACUGAGUCACUCACCCUAUACAAGAAUGUGGAGGUCUCUGAGGGCCGUACUUUGCAGUUUGAGCUGAGUGCAGAGAGCCGAAACCGCGAGGCAGAGUUCUUCAGGGAACUCGUGUCCCACGCCUCCUUCACAAGCCCUGCUGUAGUUGCUGCCUCGCCUCAGAACAGGCUGUCCAUCAGCGACCAUGACUCUGGGGUGGAGGACGAGGACCUCUCCCCCAGGCCCUCCCCGAACCCCCACCCUCUCACUCAGCAGGCCAGGCGUGUCCGUCCCUCUGUGCCGGAACUUUCCAUGGUGAUGGACGGCAGCUUUGUUGAUGGAAAAACUCCAUCCUCCCCUCAGCCCCGGCAGAGUGGCCCCUCCACCCGCCAGCCCCACGCAGGGACUCACAGACCCCCUGGACAGGGGCCCUCCAUCCUCAGUGGCCCCCCUCCCAUCAGAAGGCCCCUGACCCUCGCCAUGACCCCCCAGAGCAGCGGUAGCAGAGGACCCCCCAUCACCCCGGGUCAGCCCCUGCUGCCACCCUUCUCCGGCAGAAAAUCGAAUUCUCCAGUCUCUUCGUCGUCAUCCUCAUCGUCGUCCUCCUCUCCUAAGAGGGAUUCCUCCCCGAACGGAUCGGUCCACCAAGGCCCCCUCUUCCACAGAGGCUCCUUACGGGUUAGACCCCCUCCCCCCCAGCACAGCCCCAGGCUCAGCUCUGGACCCCCGCCUGCCCCCGCCCCCCCUCACCAACAGCCCCCCACCAAUCUCGGGCACUUCCACAGCACACCCGCCUCCAACACGAACCAUCCUUGUGGGUGCUGCUCUUUCAAACCGCACGAGCAUGUUUCCCCCCCGCCCCACCCGAACCGCUGGCAGGGGACAUCGGGCGCCCACGGCAGCCCGGAUUGGCAUGGUUGCUCCAGCAAUAACCCUGCCACCUUUCACCUCUCCCCCUCCCACCAAACACACGCCCGCCACCACCCAGGGGAGGCCCACACGCACCACCUAACCGCACAGGGCCCCUGUCUGGAGCCGCCUGCCCCCGCCUGUCAGAACCAGUGUUGCCGGGCCCAGUCGGUCCCCUUUCUCUCCCCCCUGGACAGGCCUAUGGGCCUCUUGCCCCCCGACGCCUACAGAAUUCUUGAGGACCAGGACCGGCAGCUCAAGUUACUGCAGGCCCAGAUCCAGAAGCUCCUCGAGGCCCAGGGGAGAGGAACGAGCAACCCUCCAUCCACCGAGCAGGCAGCCAUCCAAACGCAGACAAGCCCGGAACAACAGCCCAAAACUACUGUCAGCAUUGCUGUAGGCACAGGCGCCAGUCUGUUCUGGGGCCACCCUAUUGAGGCCCCUGAUCACUGCAAGGAUGGGGCCCCAGAGCCGGGGUCACACACCAGGCCCGGAGCCCCCGAUGGCAGCAGGUCCUCGGGUCAGAGCUCUGGCAGUGCCAGCCUUACCCACAGCGGGAGCAUGGAUGUCACGGAAAGAGCCGGCGGGGGUCGAGGAGACCGGGCGCCGGGCUCACCGUCCAACCAGUCAACCCACCUGAGGGAGGAGGGAGAGAGAACCCAGUCAGCGUUUGGAGACGCUUCGUUCCAGAGUCCCGUGUUGGGGGAGAGUGCCAGUAUGUAUUACGGGUCCCAGUCUCCGCAGAGACACGGCACCAAGAGCCAGGAGCCCAAUGCCGUGGCGGACAAUCAGAGGUUUUACCAGGAUCUACUGGGCCAAGUGAACAGCCGUCUCCAGGGAAAUGAGGACGACGAGGAACAGGGCGAGGAGACCUCCUUCCCACGACAGGAGAGACACAGCGUGUCUCCCAGUGAAGUGUACCGCUGUCAGUCGGAGGCCCGGUCCAAGCCCGGCAGGGAGUGCCCUCCCGGGCGAAAGGACCAGGUGCUUCACGCCACACUGCGCCAACUACAGCAGCUGGGGGUCAAAGUUGACCUGGACUCUGCUGACCCGGGUACCAAGGCCGCCCGCUUCUCAGUGGAGAGUGCCGGUGUCCUGGCCAGCAUCAACCCGGAGGCAGUCGUCAGCAGGCUGUCCUUAACGGAGGCAACGGGGACCAGCAUGUGGGGACCCGGUGGCAGCGUGGACCUCAGCCUGGAGGCCAAUGCCAUCGCCCUCCGCUACCUCAGCGACCGGCAGCUCUCCCGGCUCUCUGCGGGGGGCGGGCUACAGCCCCCCAGGUUCAGCUCCGGCACACUGCUCUCAGAGAAGCCCCCUGCGGAGAAGAGCGCCGUAGGGCUGUCUCCCAACAACAUGUCCUUCGCCACCCGCAAGUACAUGCAGAGGUAUGGGCUGAUAGAGGAAGGGAGUGAGGAGGAGGAGGAGGAGGAGGAGGGAGUGGGGGAGCGGUUUGGGAUGGGAUACGCCGUACAGUUCCAUGUGCAACAGGAGCAAGGAGGGCAGGGAGAGAGGGAGCGUCAAGGUUUAAUUCUGAGAAACAUCACCAACGAGGCGCCGCGCUCCGGACCUGGCAGAGACAAGGAGGCAGACUCUCAAAGCCAGCUGCUCAGGGACCUGCGUCCUCAAAUGCAGCUUUUGGCCCUCCGCACCGGUCAGGAAUCGGACAAAGAGAAUGGCGCAAACCGGCGGCCAUCGUUGGGUGACAUGCAAAGGGAGUGUCCCCAGCCCGAAGGGUCCAUGGGAAAUUUUUUGGACCUGACUCGACUUCGACAGCUCCCAAAGCUCUUCUGAAGGACUACAUGAACCUAUGCUUGAGAGGCAGUCUUAAAAUGACUGAAAUCCCUGUCUUUGCAUGUUUCAUAGGAAUGCUUUCAGAUACUUCCAUGUAUUUUUGUUUACAUAUUGUUUUUUUAAUCUUCUGAUGGUGCUACGUGUUUGUUAGUACUGGGAUUCCACCAUGCUAUGUGAUCACUACACUAAUGUUAUCAAGUCUCUUCCUCACAGGUUGUAGUCAUACUGUAGCGCUUAACAUUUUUACAAUUUCUACUGAUGUAAUGCAACUUGCAGCUGCAUUUUAGCAUUUUGAAAGUGUUCUUCUAAAUGCUAAAAAUGUACAGUGUAUUUUAAAUGGUAACUGUUUAUACCUGGUGUCCUGGUAAUUGUUUUCAAAUUGUGCAUAUUUUACAGUACAUUUUCAUGGGAUUCAUUUUGUACCUUUCCAUUUUUUAAUGUUGUACUUUUUUUCUUCAUGCUGCCUUGUUUUUAUUGUUUACAUGAAAUGCCCCCAGCAUUAUUUUGUAUUUCUCAACUUGAACUUUCUAUUUAAAAUUGCCUUAAUAAAUAUAUUCUAG